UUGAAAGCAACAACACCAUUCAUUUUAUUCAUAGUUUGUCUAACCACCAAUCCAAUUUCUCCUUUGAAGAUUGAAUCAAACCAUCUACCAUUCAGCCAUGCCUUCUGCUACUUCAAGAAGAAAAAAGCCUAACAAGGUCAAGAAAAACUCAACUUUGACCAAAACCAACCACCAUUCUUCUCCUACUGUUCAACCAUUCCAAGGCUCUUGUGAUCUCAAACCCCUUAAGGAAGAAGAGCAAGGUUAUUUGGAACCCUUUGUGGUAGUUGAACACCAGAGUUCAUAUCUUAAUAGCACAAUGGAAGUAUAUCUCAAUGGGGAUUUGAAGGAGGAAGAGACUCAUCAAAAUGUGGAAGAAUCUUUGACUAAAGAAGAAAAGGAGGAAGUGGUUGUUGUUUCUGCUGAUGAUGGUGGUGAAAGUGACAUCAAAGAUGAACAAGAAAUAGUACUAAAAGAGGAGAAUUCAGAAGAUGUUUCUGAUGAAUGUUUUGAGCAUGUUGUGUCUUCUUCACCUAAUGAUGAAUUCAAUGGUGCAACAAAAGAGGCUCAAUUUGAUGACAACAACAAUGGAUUGACCUCAGAAACUGUAGAAUUGGAAUUGGAACUGAAAGAAGAACAAGAGGAAGCUUUUGAGUACAUCAAUGAUCCAUCUUCGUUUUCGGAGAAUGAUGAUUCAAGAGAGCCUGAAGAAGAAGUAGUUGAAACAGUUAUUAAGGAUGUGAAGGUUCUUGAAGAGGAGGAAGAGAAUGUUAUGCAUUCAAAUGUUACAGAAGAUGUGGUUGCUUUAGAGGAAACAGAUGAGAAUGAUAACAAGGUUUCUCCUCCAGUUCCAAUUUCAACUCCAACUAAACAAGAAGAUGAUGAAGAAGAAAAAGAAGAAGCAGCGGCAAAGGGAAGUGACAGAUCUUUGGUUCCACCCUAUGAAAGUUCUAAGGAGGAGUCUUUUCAACCAUUGCCAAAUGUUCUUAAUGCUGAAACCACCACUGUCACUGUGCAAAGGGAGAUUCAAGUGCCUAGUAAUACUCAAAAUCAGGGCAUUGUCUCUGUAGCUCCAAGGCAGCACACUUCUUGGAGCAGUUGCUGUGGAAUCUUUGAGGUUCUAAGGGGUGGUGGUGAUAGAUGAUUGAUCCAAGCGGGGAACUUCUUAGAAGGUUGAAACCUGAGGGUUCGCUCAAUCAUUGACUGUCAUAGUACCUUCCAAAGACCAAAGGAGACUAAAUUAAAAUCAGUUGUGUGUAUACCAAGUUCUCAGACAUUGUAUCUGUUUGCUUUAAUUGCUUGCCUCCAGCGUGGUUACAUUCCAUUGUUUCAUUUCAAAGACCAAAAAUAUUAAUAUAGACUAUGCAGUAUACAUUUCAGGUGUUUGUACUAUAUCCUAAAUUUCCGAGUGGCAAUUAUCACCAGAAAAUUGCACCUUUUCUUUUUC